AUGACUUUUCUCGCUGACUUCCUCCUCACCGUCGUCCCAAAGGACUCUAUACCUAUAUAUCUUAAAACCUACAUCCCAGGCGAGACGCCCUUGUCGACAUGGCCCGUCGUCACCACAGCCCUUGCGUCGUACCUCGCUGUAAUAUUUGGUAUUCGUGAAAUCAUGAAGGAUAGAUCUCCACAGCGGCUCAACACCCUCUUUCGCAUACACAACGCUUUCCUCAGUAUUGGAAGUCUCAUUCUUCUUGUCCUUAUGAUGGAAGAAGUUGGUUCGAUAUGGCUCACAAAUACGACCUACGGCACAAUGUGUGAUGAGACCUCAUGGACGGAGAGGCUGGAAUUUUAUUACAUGAUCAACUAUUACUUCAAGUAUAUCGAACUUUUUGACACGGUGUUCCUCGCUCUCAAAAAGAAACCUCUUGCUUUCCUUCAUGUAUUUCAUCAUUCCGCAACUGCUCUGUUAUGCUUUGUGCAACUUAACGGCAAAACAAGUGUGUCAUGGGUUGUGAUCUCUCUGAACCUAGCAGUUCACGUCAUCAUGUAUUAUUACUACUUUGCGACUGCUGGUGGUGCCAAAAUAUGGUGGAAGAAAUACCUCACGUCCAUGCAGAUCAUUCAGUUCAUCAUCGACAUUGUCAUUGUUUACUUCGGCACCUACCAACAUUACGCAGCUACUCACUACCAUCACCUCCCUCACUGGUCGAAUUGUGCCGGCACUGAAACUGCUGCUCUCUUCGGAUGUGGUCUUCUCACCACCUACCUUGGCUUGUUCAUCAACUUUUACAUCCAAACGUACAAGAAAUCCGCCAAGGGAAAGAAGCCUACAGCCAACGGUAUUGCCAACGGUCAUGCGCAAAAUGGAAACGGGUGCGCAAAUCCUUCCUCUUACCGUACUGCACGUUGAUGUCCAAGUUUUUGAUAGCUAUAAAAAGGACUGAGCACGCAAUUCACAGCUUCAUGACGAUAUGGCCAUGCCAGUGGCCAAGCGAUUACCUAUACUUAUCUAGCAUCAUGCAAGACACUAAUAUACAGAAUGCAUCAACGAGUUCACCUCCAGUUCACCUGUCCAAUCUUUUCAUACAGCCUGUCGUUCUUGUGUCUAUUUAGCUACUCCCCGUCACCUUAUUUUUUCAUGGUCGAGUAUUUCUUUUGCAUAUCUCUUUCCUUUCGGAUCUUGCUUUCGUUGCGGGCAUGCAUGUUAGUAUACGGGUGUGCUUGGAGCUAUGUUGGAACGCAAAAGACAUUUCACGAACAAGAGUACCGUAGUAAUACCCAAACGAAAUGCCACUACUCCAUGAUAUCAUCUUAGAGUGAUUUGUUUUGCCUCGCGUUUUUAACGUCCCUCCAUUUG